GGACAGGACAGGCAGGACAGCGAUGGGCCACAGUCGAUAUUUAUCUUCAGAUAAUCAAAAUAUAGUCUGGUUUCAACCGUUAGUGAUGGAAAAGCGAUAGUUAUAGUGUUUUAUGUUGUUUUACAGUGUAUCAGUUUAUAGUUUAUGAACGUAAAGCGAUAGAGUUUAUCUAACUUAGCAUAAUUGUUCUUCCUGGGGAAGGAAGUUUUACUCUAGCGGAGGAAACAUCAUAGGAAGCCGGGCAGGGCCGAACUAUCCCGACAUGGAGGACUCCGGCUCGGCCCUGGAGAAAAAUGUGGCCGACCUCACGGUGAUGGACGUGUACGACAUCGCCGCGGUGGUGGGCCAGGAGUUCGAGCGGAUCAUUGACCAGUACGGCUGCGAGGCUCUGUCCCGGCUUAUGCCCAAAGUAGUGAGGGUAUUAGAGAUCCUGGAGGUGAUGGUGAGCCGGAAUAACAUCAGCCCGGAGACCGAGGAGCUGCGGCUGGAGCUGGACAAGCUGCGGCUGGAGCGGAUAGACCGGCUGGAGAAGGAGAAGAAGCACAGGAAGGAGCUGGAGCUGGUGGAGGACGUGUGGAGAGGAGAAGCUCAGGACCUCCUUUCUCAGAUCGCUCAGCUGCAGGAGGAGAACAAAAGCCUCCUUACUAACAUGUCCAUCAAAGACCCCAUGAGUGAGGAGGACCUGCAGCGGCAUGAGGGUAUGACUGAGAGGGAGAAGCAGGUGAUGAAGAAGCUCAAAGAAGUGGUAGAUAAACAGAGAGAUGAGAUUCGAGCCAAGGAUCGAGAACUGACCCUAAAAAAUGAGGACAUUGAAGCACUCCAGCAGCAGCAGUCUCGCCUCAUGAAGAUCAACCACGACCUGCGACACAAGAUCUCAGUAGUGGAGGCUCAAGGGAAAGCACUGAUUGAACAGAAGGUGGAGCUGGAGGCUGGUGCUCAGGCACGAGGACAGGAAGUCAGCGCAUUACGGCAGGAAGUGCAACGCUUGAGGGAACGGCUUCAAGGAGACGCACCCACCCAGAACCCGGAGGAACCUCCACCUCAGCCCCCAUCUCCUGCAGAGUGUGGUAAAGCUGCUACAGUGGUGGUUGGUGCUGAGGGCUGGUCAGACAGACCUGACCCCUCUGAGCUGACAGUGGGUGGGUUUGACCCUUCCCCCCGACCCCUGCCUGGUUCCCUCAGCCCGGAGGGACACGAGGAUGAGGAGGCUGAGGACGAGGCAGUGUUACUCUGGGAGGCGAUGUGCGAUGAGGACAUGCCUGCUGUGUUCCAAUAUUUUACCAAGGAGGCGUUGUGUGAGGAGGAGUCUGGAAGCCUGGACCCUAAAGACCCCAACCGGCCCCGGUUCACCCUGCAGGAGCUGAGAGAUGUUCUGCAUGAGAGAAAUGAGCUGAAGGCCAAAGUGUUCCUGCUGCAGGAGGAGCUGGCCUACUACAAAAGCGAUGAGGUAGAAGAUGAGAUGGUUACUCCCUCUCCGUCUCCCUCACCUGAGCCGAGGACUCGCUCCCGCUCCUCUGCACAGCCAGAAUCUGGAAUCAAACGCCUGAUCUUCACAGCCAUUAUGCCGAUGGUGGCGGCUGGUUUGAUCCCAGAUGACCCCACUUUACAGCCAAUCAGACGUCUCGUAUCUCUUGUUUAGUUUCUUCUCCCGAGACAAACAGCGGAGCCUGCAGCGAGGCGUACAGUUUGACAGCUCGUGGGCGGGGAAGGAUGACGUGUACACCGAACAAGCACAGGAGGCGUUACAGCACAUGUAGGGACAGGACGCACUCCGAAACUGUUAUAGCACUCCAUGUCCAUCACUCUUAGAGCAUCGACUGCAAUUUAAAAACCUCCACUAAGAGAAUCUCACUGCUUAAGAUCUCAUUCUCACCUCUGCUGAUGGAGAGAAGGUUGAAGGAAAGAGGAGUGGAUGGACAUUAAAGAGGCUCCGAUUGAGAUGAAGACAUUCACAAAAUCUUCCCAAAAAGGUUUCACCUGAAAGCCUUAGUAGGUUUCCAUGUGAGUGAUAGCACAUUCAGACAGCAGUCAGACCAAACAAAAAGCUUCGCAACCUCUCAACAGCCCAUGCGAGUAAAGCAAGUGCUCACUUUGUCUGUAGUAAAUCUUAGUAGUUAUUUUAUUAAGUAACAGAGGCAUCUUUCUAUAAGAGCAACACAACUUCUUUGAGCUUCAGCAAAGAGAAUAGAGGUACCGCUUUGUCCACAGGGGGCGCCAAAAUUGAAACUGAAAGUUCCUCGCAGGAGCUUUAAUUUGCACAGAUUCAUAUGCACAAAAACAGCAAAAAAAAAUCAUGCAAAUAAUCAAUUAAAGCAUAAGGUUACAGCUAGAAAACAACCUUUAAAGAAGAUAAAGUGUGCCACAUAAAUAGAUGGAUCACAUCGCAAUUCUUUCCUAAAGUUGAAACAUUUCUAUGAGUCUGCCCUGGACCAGGAUGUAGAGAGGGGAUCCUCGGUUUGUCAAAGUUGAGUUUUGCACUUCUUACAUCAUUGCAUUGACUUUACAUGUUGUAACCCCACUGAAGAGUGUGCUUCUUGUUUGGUCUGACCUUGUAUUAAGAUACUACUGGUGCUUUACACUGAGUGAUAGAUGAGAGAGAACAAGAGCGUGAACUCAAGUUGCAUGAUGGAGAAUAGAAAGUUGUCAAAGGUGAUUCAUGAAGGUCGUGGUUAAUGCAAAAAUUGUGCUGCAACAUUUUCUGCCUGAUCUUAACAGCCUAUAGAUACUGGGGGUAUUAAUAUAAAUUUAUUACAUCAUCUCUGAUCAAUUUAAAGGGCCAGUCUGCAAAGAAAACAACAAUUCUGAGAUUCAGAUUUCCCUUUGUGCUUCAUUUCUUGGUUUGAAGUGGAUAAAGGCAGCUUGUAGGUCCAUCACCAGCAAACUAUGCAGCACUAUAGAUCACUUGUUGUGUGUAAAGUGAAGCUUAAACACACAAUUUAAAAGCUGUGUACAAAAUAAUUAAAACAAAAGCACACAAAUGCUUUCAUUUAUAAAGAUAUUCCUCAUUUAGCAUGGAAGCCCAUUACUGCACAGAAACAAAACAGAAGUUAUUUGCCACAAUGAAAAGAGGCUUAUUUUCCUAAAAGAUCAAAAUCGUGAGGUUAUGUUUUAAGAAAGAUUUUUAGGAUUAUGUUAAAGACAGAGAAGUUCCAGCCUAGUUUAUACAAUUAUUAGGGAUGCACAGUAUUAUCAGUGUGAUAUCAGUAUUCGCAGAUAUGGACAUUUUUGCGGUACAAGCAGAUGAGAGGAAGUUUCAGGCUGGACCAACAACCCUACUGAUGAGGACAAGAUUAUUAGCUCCCUAUGAAAAUGUCAUUUUUAAAGUAUUUUCCAAGGAUGGAAUAUUUAACACAGCUUUUCCAAACAUCCUAGUUUUAUUUUGGAUGCAUUCAAACUUAUUUCACAAAAACUAAAACUACCAGUCAGUUGCUGUAGUUUUCAACAAGUCUCAGACACGUCUCCUGAGGAAUCCCAGCCCUUUCUUCUUUGACCAAUCUCUCAAACUCCUCCAGAUUUGAUGGUCUUCUAGCAUGGACUUUGGGCUUCAGUUCACCCCACAGAUUUUCAAUGGGAGUCAAGCCAAGACUUUGUGCAGGCAUGUCAGUAAGGUUCACCUUGGUCUUCUGGAGAUAGUUUUUCACCAGAUGCCAUGUAUAUUUUGGGUCUUUGUCAUGUGUGAAGCCAAAGCGAUGACCCAGGUUCACAGUUGCUGCUGACUGCUUGAUGUUUUCUUUCAAAACCUUCACAUAUACUUCUUUCUUCAUGAUUCCUUCCAUCUUUACCAGAUUCCCAGUUCCAGACACACUGAAGCAUCCCCACAGCAUGAUACUCCUACUGCAGCAUCUCUGUGGUCAAAGAGCUCAUCUAUGGUCUGGUCUCAUCUGACCAAAGGACAUGUGUCCAGUAUGCAUUAUCUUUCUCAAGGUUGUUCUUGGCAUAAUCCAGUCUAGCUUUAAGGUGCCCCUUCUGCAGAAGUUAACUUUUUCUUAGUCCAUUCCUGUGCAGGGCUCUAGUGAUGGUCUUCUUUGAGUCUACAAUUCCUGACUUGUCUAAGUCCUUCACUAGUGUCUUGGCAGUUGUUCUGGGGUCUUUGGACACAUCUCUCACUAGUUGUCUUUCCAGUCUUUGAAAUCUUUCUCUUCCUAUAUCUGUCAGGUUUGUUUUAGACUGUGUAGCUCUCUUUGGAUUUCUUCUCACUCCAGUUCUUGACACUUGCAAUCAGCUUUUUUUCUCAAGUGUACACUGAUUUCUUUUGGUUUUGCCAUAAUGCUUCUCUGGUGACAGCUCAAACCCUUACUGACAUUUUUAUACUACGUGUAAAUUGGAAGAUAACCCUCAGUUUUAACUUGAUUUUAAAGCUUUGAGCAUUACAAAGUUAAAGGACAUGAUUGGCAACAGUGGUUUGUGCUAUAGCUCAACAAAAAGUUCAGUUCUAAAGAGGAUAAUAGUUUGGACCUUGGUAGUUUUUGAUUUUAGUAAAGUAAUUUUGUCUUUGUGUGCAAAGUAAAAUAAUGUAAGCAUCCAAAAUAAAAAUAGGAUGUUUGGAAAAAGUGUUGAAAAGCCAUUGUUGUGUUUAACAUUUGGGAAAUACAUCCAAAAAAAUCAUAAGGGAGUAAAUAAUUUUGUCCUGAUCUGUAAAUAUUGGUAUCAGCUUUUAAUUCAAAGGCAUUAUUUAAAUUCAAACUGUUUAUUUUCAUAGUGAUGACAUACCUGUAAAUUCCAGAAAAACUAAAUAAAGCAUCUUGUGUGGAGGAGGAAAAAUAACUCUAUGGGAUAAAUUUUGUUCAAUGAAAAGACCAGUUGUGUCUUAUAUGAUAAUAUUUGUAAUAUUUUAUCCUAUUAUUUUUAUGAUAAUUGAGCUGUUUUCCAGUGAUAAAUCUGGCAUUAUUUACAAAUUUUAAAAAGUCUUAAACUUAAAACUUUAAUAGGAUGUUAAAACAAUGUUGUAUCAAAAUAAAAUUGGCUUAAAAUAUGAUUAUUUAAAAAAAAAAAGGAUUUGAGACAAGCAUGUUCUGUGUUGUACUUUGUUGUCUUAACAUUAGUUUAAUGUCAUGAAUUUCCCCUUUAUAGAAAAAGCUUCCUGUUUCAUGUCUUUUUGCCCCCUUUAUUAUGACAAAUUGUCCUUUUUGUUUACAUAAAUUGAGAUAAAUUACUGUCAUGAGGAAACAAGCUCUGCAUUAAGGCAUUUAAAAUAAUUCUAAAGCUCAGAUAUUCUCUGUUUCUGAAGCUUCUGCAUUUACAUCUUGAUUUCAGACCUUACAUUCUCACACUUCUGUGUGGUGUGACAAAGUGCAUUUAAAUAUUAACGGCAUUUAAACCUCAUUUAUUCCUGCCCAGCAAGGUGGGAAUAUGACAACAACACUGUAAUCCAUGUGUUUUAAAGCAGCUCCCUAGUUUUACACAUUUACAGUGGUAAUAAGGAUAUUUAUUUUUGGACGGUCCCUUAUGACUGAAUAUCAAAGGGACUCUGACAAUAGUCGCCAACACCACGAACAAUUAAAAGGGAUUUUUUUUCACAGCAUCAUGUCCAAAUGUUGACUCCAGCUCUGAUGUCCAUCAGCUACUCCACUUUUUUUCCUGUUAAAAUGCAUAUUUAAAAGAUGUAAUGAAUAAAUGAGUGCUUUAUUUAACAAGCUGGCUUUUAUUCAAACAUGCCCCCUCCAAAUAAAAAUAUCAUAAAAGGUUUCAGGUGUUUGACUCUUAAUUAUUA